AUGCUUACACGAGAAGGCUUCGUUGUCGCCGAUAUGAGCGCGCAGACUCCGUUGCAACGGUCUAGUUGGAAGGCUGAGGCUAUCCGGAGAGGGGAUCUCAAAAUUAGUGGGCCAAUUCCCAUCACAGAGGAUACGCCGCUAAACGAGGAGGAAGAGAGGGAGUUUGCGGAGAAGGGUGGGCUGGAUGCUUUGUCGCAGCCACAGGAUGCACCGCAGGAGGAGCAAAGACCACAGACACCACCGCAACCUUCACAACCACCACCAGGCAUUCCAGACCAGGCAUCAGCUCUGAGAUCAAAUCCGGUCGAGCACGAUUCGCCGCUGAGAGAGGAAUUGCGUGAGCGCCAGCCUUCAAGAUCUCCACCUAAAAUGCGACAAGUGAACGAGAUACCACAGGAAAGUGUUGUCCAGCCUAUCUCGUAUUCUUCUCCUACACCACUGCGGUCAACGCCGGAGAGUGUCACGAAGGUGGGGCAAAAGAAGCGGAAAAGCGGGCUUCGAAAUGUCUUCCGGAAGAUGUUUGGACGAAAAAGCCGAGAUGAGCAUGAAGAGCAUGAGGAUGAGACGGUACGCCGAGGCCACAGUUACCAUCACAGCGAUCCUGGGAUGCUACAACAGUCGCCACCACGAGCACAGAAGACGACCAACGGAUCACGGAUUUCCGACCUACCAGUUCAAGAGUUGAGACCUCUACAUCCACUUGGCCAGCACCUUCCUUUCCCAAUGAAUGUCAACGCCCCACAGGCUAGUCCACCCCAGCAAUACCUGACCUUCGAUAUGCAAAGGCCGGAUAUCGGCCGUCGGAGAGCAACACUACCCAGCGUACCGAGCGCAAGCGCUCAGCGACACAGUUUAGACGAAUCGCGCAACAGACUUUCAACCUGGGAAGAAAGACAGGAUGAGGAGCCUGAGCCGUCUCCAGGCAUUGGGAUAGCAUUAUCGAGUCCAACGCAAGCAACGACCCCGCUUCAAUCAAAACGCCGGUCGAGAAGCGCCAGUGCUCUGCGUGAUCUCGUCAAGGGUCGCGCAUCGGUUGAUCGAAGGCGCAGUGCAGAGAUUCGCUACUGGAGGGAGAGCUACAUGUCAGGAAGCGUCUACAGUAGGCCUCAAACUGCAAAGACAGUGGAGACGAUUCGGAGUGUGCAUAUGCAGGAGCCUGUGAUACAAGGACCCGAGUCCGAUCCAGUCAUGGAGAUGAGCGCGACGCUUGUGGAGCCAGAUGAGCUGGAAACGCCUGAGCUUGAGGCUGGUGAUCGGGAGCGGGCAACGGAAAGGGACGUCCAACCUUCCCUGGCAGCGCACUACUUCGGUAACCUGAAGAACGCUCCAGAUCCGCAGGAAGCUGCUCCACCUCCACCUCCUCGCAGCGAUCAACGGCCAUCCGUCGAAGCUCGCGUGAAGACUCUUGAGAGCAAGUUUGAAAACAUCGAGUUCUCCGUGCGCCGCAUGUCAACGCGCAACAAUCGCCAAACUAUCAUCCUUGAAAACCCACCCAAGACGCUGCGUACCCGGAACCGGAGCAGUUCGUCUCGCUCUGUAUCCGCAUCACGUUCCCGCUCCACAAGCAUACACCAAGAACCGAACCACCAGUCGAGCAGUGACACGCUGAACCCCAUGCCCACAUCACCCGUAUUGACACAUCCUGCAAUCGCAGGCAGUGACGGGGAAGAAGCAAACAAACAAGCCCUAAAGUCCAUGUAUGAGGCGCUGAAACAUGAGAGAGGUGCCCGGAAAGCUCUGGAACAGCAAGUCCGCACCCUCCAUCAAGACAUCUCCGAUCUGCACGCCCUGGUCAACAAACUCAUCGCCUCGGCUACCGCUACUUCGCCCUCGUACCCCACGCCCUCGCCCGACACGCUCAUCACGAGUACAGAGGACCGCCUACUGACGCCGCGAGCCGUUCGACCCGGCUCCUUCGAGUAUGGGCCCGGCAAGCGUACUGUUCGCGCGAGCGUGAGCAAUAAGUUUAGCCGUAGUGAGACGGAGAGCGAAAGCGAAAGCGACUACGACGGCCGCCCACGUCGUGGUGUUGACGAGAGGAGCACCAAGGGCAGCUGCUAUGAUGAUGUUGCUACACCAGAUGUAUGGGCUACGCCGAAAGAGGAGGGGUUCGGUGGGAGUGGCUUCUUUCAUCCACGCGAGAAGAGGAGCCGGGAUCAGUUUUGA